AUGGCAAAAAAGAAAUUAGCCUUUGAUAAUAUUUGUUACAAUCUUCCUAGUGAUAUCCUAUUUCUCAUCCUUACGAGAGUACCAAUUAAAUCUUUAUUACGUUUCAAAUUUGUUUGUAAGGCGUGGAAUGUUAUGAUCUCUGAUUAUGAAUACAGGAGAACUCACCGUGAUCAAUCCAAAAUGCUGGGCCGCGAAAAGCUAUUGUUAUACAAAGAUUAUACUAAUGAAUUCGAGUUUAGAGACUUGGAAACUUCCCAAUUAGUUACGAUAGCCAAGGGAGUUUUUCCUUCAGAAAAAAUCCGAAAAGCUAUAGUUUUGUGCUGGUGUGACGGCUUGUUGCUUUUCUGGAACCCUAUGGCGUACAAAGUAUAUGUUUUGUGGAAUCCGUCUACCGAAGAAUAUCAAACUCUUGCAUGCCCUUAUUUUAAUGACAAACGCAAAUUUCCAAAUGGUUGUGGGCUGUGUUAUGAUUCUAGUGCCGAUGAUUACAAGGUUAUAUUUAUCUAUAACCGGAAUUAUUCUAUCUAUUCUCUGAAAAACAAUUGUUGGACAGAGAAAGCAAUUUCCCUUCGUGGAGUAGUAACAUUAGUACAAGAAUUGUUCUUGUCUCAGGGCAUUAGUAUCGGAGGAUGUGUAUUUUGGCCACACUAUGUAGUUAGAAAUUCUAUAAUCGUAUACUUUGAUGGGAAGUCAGAUGAACUGAAAGAACUUCCUAUGCCAGAUUUUGUAGGUGAGAACACCUGCUUUCGUUUAACUAGUUUAAAAAGUUUCCUUUGUUUAUAUGGCGGCAAUAGAGAGAGUGUAAGAUUGGACAUAUGGAUCAUGGAACGAGAUGGUUGGAAAUUGUUAUUGAACAUAUGCAACUUGCAAAAGUUUUAUAGAUAA